AUGAGAUCGCCAAGAUCGCCACUCAGUCCGGAUUCCUCCGCCCGAGACUGGACUAGCAAGGAGGCUCGAGCGGCUUAUGCGGCCGUGCUGACCGACAGCAGGGCAUCAAGCUUUCUCCAGGCCUUUGUGCUGGGCUUGGGACUUGCAAGACACUGUGCAAAGGAGCGUGUGCUCAUCCACAGCCCCGCAGUCCCUGCUGCGUACCUGGAGGUGCUACAAAGCGUUUGGCAUUUGGAGACCACUGGCACCUGGCCAGAACUCGCGCAGCCUGGCCGUCCCAAGGAGCUGCUGACCAGACUACGGGUCUUGGGCCUGAAGUAUGACAAGGUCUUGGCACUAGAGCUCGGCCUCGUCGUCACCAGCAGUCUGGACGACGUGUUCGAAGCAAGAUGCCCUGCAUUUGCUGGCGACAACUGGCCGCUUUUGCUGCUGCAGCCAUCGAAAGAUUUGCUGCGCCGGAUCAGCUCAGAAACUGCUCACCGAUCGCAGUAUCCGUCCUUCCCGCCCAGAGGAUUGAAGGAGGAGGAUGAGAUCCAGGUAUACCUGAGGAGGUUCUUCCACACCUGCACCGGGCUCUUUCCUCUGCCCGAAGAGCUGCGGCCGGACGACGUUUCCGGCAGGUUACGCGAUUGCAAAGCACGAUCGUUUUGGCAGGCCCCAGCUUCAGCCCUGGCGUCGGUGCUGUACAGCUCCGACCUCGAGCAGGUUGGCCAGCUCACGGAGAUGCUGGGCAAGGUGGACGGGCAGCGAUGCGUGGACUGCGGCGUGCCGGAUGCCAGCGGCAGAGAAGACCCUUUGGACCGAAGGUGGCGGUGUCGGCUUUGCAACGAGCAGCUGCUGUUGGAGUCCAUGUCACCUCAGGAGAUACAGCACAUGCCACUGCUGGCCCCAGAAGAGGAGGAGCUGCGGAAAGAGCUCGGGGAGUGCUUCACUGGUGGAAGACAGAAGUAUCACUGGACCUGCGGCAACCAGCAGACCUUUCUGGAGCUCCGUCCCGGGCAUUUGCUUUGGCACGGCUACUCCGGAGUGGGUGUUUGGCGCAAGUGGACACAGAAAGGGGAAGUCCGCUUGGCCAUCCAUUUGCAGCAGCAGAAGUGGGAGGGCCAAACCAAGGUUCAGGAGGAAGUUCGCCACACCCUGGACUUGAAGAGGGACAGCAACCCUCCUGUGUUCCAAGAGUCACAGCGUGAUGUUUUUCGUCCUCUUGGCUUUGCUUGGGAAGGUCGAAGAUCCAGCGAAAGGCCACGAGUCACACUCGAAGCGUUUGCAGCCCGGAGUGCGGACACUGCGAGAGGCCCGCGUCCACAGCAGGCACAGCAGGCUGAGGAGCCCGCUGGCGCACAACCGAGUGCACGCAGCAAGUUGUCGUACCUGCUUUCAGCGGGAGGCACCAGUGAAGCUCCGGUGCUGAUGCAGGACUUGCCAGAGCCUCCUGCACAAGCUGACGGGGCAGCUGCGGCGGAUGAGAGCUUGCCGGAUGCUUCGCCGGAUGCAGACCCGGAUGCUUCGGCUUCCGGAGAAAGAGAAGGGGUGGCGCAGGUCGAUGCGCCCAAGGUGGACACUGCGGAGGCUUCAGAUGACUCGCAGAAACAGAAGGACACUGCAGAGGUGCGGGAGUCAGAAGCCAGCAGUUCACAGAGCACGACUGGAGAGGCGAAGGAUGCAGAGGCCAUGAAAGAGGCGGACGAUCCACGCAGCACAUGCAGCACCUCCAAACCGGAACCUGUGACCGGGGACACCAGGUCAAGCGAUGAGCGUGCCGCAGCCAGACACAAGCUGGCAUAUCUUUUGAAAUGA